AUGAAAGGGGACAAGGGGGAGUCAUGCACCUUUGGGACUGGACCUCCAGGAGCCAGUGGGCCUCUCGGGUAUCCUGGGAUUCCUGGAGAGCCCGGCCCCCGAGGACUGUCCGAAUUUAGUAAACGUGUCGGGCCUAAGGGGCCCAAAGGAGAGAGCGGUGUCCAAGGACCUGUGGGUGCACAUGGUCAACAUGGAGAGACAGGGCAGAAAGGAGAACUGUGCACAUUUUGCCAUUUACCAGAGCUUGUAGUUGGACCUAAAGGACCACAUGGUGUCCCUGGUGAACCUGGAGUUCAAGGUAUCAAUGGCCAACAUGGCAUUAAAGGACAUCAAGGCCAUAAGGGUUCGGUAGGUCCACCUGGCCCUAGGGGACAUUCAGGUUAUCCAGGAACUCCAGGGGUUCAGGGGCUUAAAGGAGACACCGGCUAUAUGGAAGGACCCGGGAAGAAGGGGAACACUGGUGACCCGGGAUGUAAGGGGAGUUCAGGGCACUCCGGCCGGGAUGGCAGGCCAGGAGCACCAGGACACCGGGGUCCCAUGGGAGAAAAGGGCUAUCCGGGUCCAUUUGGGACUAAGGGGGACGGGGGCUUCACUGGGGUGGAUGGGUUCCCUGGCCCCCCUGGGCCUAUAGGAGGAAUGGGCCCACCAGGGUUGGGGCCAGAAGGGGCCCCUGGAGAGAAGGGCAUCAGUGGUAUUGAGGGUCCAAUAGGGAAUCCUGGGGAACAAGGCGCAAAAGGUGAACCUGGAGAAGUGCACAGCAUACCAGGAGACCCAGGGCCACCUGGAAGGAAGGGUCCACAAGGUCCAAAAGGCCUGCAAGGGCCAUUGGGAGAUUGGGGUUUGCCAGGCUUCCCGGGACACUGUGGCGAAAAAGGCGAGAGAGGAGUGAGCCAGCCAGGAGAAGAAGGGCCAACAGGACCCAGAGGUGAGAAGGGCGUGCCUGGUCCUCCUGGGCCAUCAAGCACUGGGAGCAAAGGACGGCCCGGACCCCCAGGACCACCUGGGAUGCCAGGGUUAAAGGGGAGGCUGGUAGACCAGGGUCCUCAGGGGAUGAUGGGGCACUUGGUCCUGCUGGAGACUCAGGUGGCCCUGGAGCCAAAGGAUCAUGUGGGCAACCAGGGAGAGCUGGAGACCCAGGCAGUAAAGAGAGGUGUGCAGGGGGACCCAGGACUGUCUGGUCAGGGCCUGCCUGGUUCAGAAGGCCCAUGUGGGGAGCCUGGAUGUAAAGGAGAACCGGGACGGUUUGGACCGUGUGGUCUGAAGGGGAUGAGGGGAAGGGACGGCAUACCUGGAAUCCCAGGCCAUCGAGGGGAUCAGGGACCUCCCGGACGCAGUGGUCCUUCUGGGCCUCCUGGACAUCCUGGACUUCCUGGACGGCCUGGACCUAAAGGUGUGAUGGGUGCUGAUGGGGCAUCAGGUUACCGAGGUAUCCAAGGGGAUGUAGGAGCACCUGGUGAACCAGGGCACAAAGGGAAAACAAUACAAAAUCACUCUCCUGGAGAUCCUGGAGUAUCUGGAAUCUCAGGUGGUACUGGGCCUACCGGGUCCAAAGGGGAUGUUGGAGACCCAGGUCCCGUUGGCAACAGUGGGAAAAAUGGAGUUCCAGGUCUGCCUGGGCCACAGGGUCACAAGGGUUUGCCUGGUGUCAAAGGACCACGUGGACCCCCUGGAUAUCCAGGUCCAAAGGGACUCAAAGGGAUGAAAGGUGAACCCAGCAGCCCUGGGCCAGGAAGCACAGGAUAUGCUGGAGAGAAGGGUGAGCAAGGUUCACAAGGAAGUACAGGCCAAAAGGGAGAGAAAGGGUCGUGUGGCCCUCCUGGGGGUCUGGGCCCAGAUGGGUCCAGCGGAGCACGAGGAGGUAAAGGGCCACCAGGAACGCCAGGACACCAAGGACUACCUGGCGAUAAAGGCUAUGAUGGACCACCAGGCCCCCCAGGGUUUCCAGGCCUGAAGGGCCCACCAGGCUCCCCAGGGCCAGCAGGUGUACCUGGGCCUCCAGGAUAUAAAGGAAACCAGGGCCGAGACGGUAUUCCUGGACCACCCGGGGGCCAAGGAGAGGCAGGGGCUCCUGGAUAUGGAUCUUUUGGGCCAAAUGGAGAGAAAGGUGCAAAAGGCCCUGUAGGGGAGCCAGGGUAUGAUGGCGACAUAGGACCACCGGCUGAAUGUGGCCCUGCGGGGGACAGAGGGCCCACAGGUCCGCAAGGACCCCCAGGAUUGCCUGGGAAGCCCGGCUUAAAUGGACGAUGUGUGGAAGGGCCCAAGGGACACCAAGGUGGCAUUGCACCACCAGGUGAACCAGGUUGCCCAGGGCAACGUGGUCCUCCCGGGCCCUGUAGCCCAGGGUGGAAAGGUGAUAAGGGCCACAAUGGGGCAGUAGGCCAAGAUGGACCUCCUGGUGUCAGAGGAGAUAUUGGCCUAUUGGGGGUAUCAGUGAGUACCUAA